AGCUCCAAAGUCGUCGCUUUGUUUCAUCUUCGGAGGCUAAUGAAAAGCUUUGAUAAGAUGUAAUCUUUCAUAAGAUUAACAAAAGAGCAUGUCAUUUGUAUUACAAUAUCGCGAAGCAGGACGGAGUGAGUCGCUCGCAGAAUUAGAUGCAAAAAUGAGCAGAAGGCAACCAAAACGAAGCAUCAGAAAACGCCGUACAAAAUAUAUUGGGAUGUUUAAGGCAAAAGUAUUGGUUAUUGGGCCGUGUGAGGUUGGGAAAACUGUGCUGUCAAAUUACUUGGCAGAUGCAACUGAAAUGUCCAGUGGGGAGUAUUACCCUACAGAAGGAGUGAGGAUUUUAGAAUUCGAGGUUGAAUCUGUUGCAUUGAAUGAUGGAAGAUCAGCUAAUGUUGAAGUGGAAUUGUGGGAUUGCAGUGGAAAUCACAAAUUUGAAAACUGUUGGCCUGCAAUACAGAAAGACACAAAUGGUGUUGUUUUUGUGCUAAACCCAGAGAAAUCUGACCAAGUCAAAGAUCUAGAUAAUUGGUACCUCCAUUUUGUACGCCAGCAAGGAAUAAAAGAUAGCCAAUGUAUGGUAUUUGUCCAUCACAAACCUGGUCAAGCAGAGAAUGCUAGGGCAAAUCUGUCUUCCAAUUUCUCCCGCAUCAGAGUCUCACACACUAAUUUAGAAGAUGACCCAGAUGGCAUAAAAGAAGUUUUCAGACAAUACCUCGAGAACAUUGUUUCUAACCUAGCUGACAGACGUGACCAAGAAGAGCUUAGCAUUGUUAACAAUCGGCAAUCCACAGCUGCCUAUUGAACUGUUUUAAUCAAAAGCAUUUUAGCCAGAUGCUGUGACUUUUGUUCCUUUUGCUCAUAAAAUGUAAAUAAUAGCAUCUCAUAGAAUAGUUUGAAUCUGUUUGGGACAGUGGAAAUGCUCAAAACAUUAUGCAUGUUAAUUAAAAUCAGGAUUGUGUCUUUCUGUAUAAUACCCCCACAACAGGAUUAUUUAUUUCUUGAUAGCUUAAUGACUCCUAAUUCUGUUCAGAAGAUCCUCUGUUUUUCCCAUCUCCUUUUUGAAACUCCCAUUUCUCCCUUUGCCAUACUGGUAAUAAU